AUGGCUUUAUUUAAAAAACCUAAAAAAAAUAUUAGAACUAGAAAUAUUGAAAAAGAUGAUGAUGAUUUGGAAAAUAGUGAAAAUCUCACUAACGACGUUUCAAAAAAAAGAGAUAAAGAAAAAGAUAUUCAAAGGAGUAAACAAACUACUCUGUUGAGUUUUGGGGAUGAAGAAGAGGACGGUGAAGUUUUUCAAAUAAAAAAAUCGCCUCAAAGCAAAAAAUUAGUCAGAUUACUAGAUAAAGAAAGAAAAAAGAAAAAAGAUGUACAAAAUAAAGAUGGAGAAGAGACACAACAAAAAAAAGUUGAAGUUAGCAAUGAUGAUAUAGUGGUUAUUUUAAAAAAUGAUGAAGAAGAAAAAAUUAAGCAGGAAAAACUUUUAAGAGAAAGCAAGCCAAUCAUUCUUAAUGGCAGAGCAGCAUUAGCCGCUGGGAAAGAUGACUUAUCUUCAUCUGAUGAUGAAGGUUCUACAAGACAUAAAUUUUCCCAACCUGAUCGUGCCAGAAUUAUGAUCGAAAGUGGUAAAAUUCCUGAUGCAGCUACAAUUCAUGCAGCAAGGAAGAAAAGACAACGAGCCAGAGAAUUAGGUGCUGAUUACAUUCCGGUUGAUGUAAAUCAAAAGUAUAACUCGAAAAGUAAAUCUAGAUUAAUUGGAGAAGACAAUGAAGGAUCUGACGAAGAUGAAAAAAGAAUUGAUAUGUCAGUUCACAUAGAAAAUAGAGAUCGAGACCAUCAGUUAGAGAAUUUUUAUAAUGAAGAACCUUUGGCUCCAGAAGAGGAUGAAUGGGAAAAUCAACAAAUCAGAAAAGGUGUAACAGGUGUUACAGUGGUAAAUAGUCAGCCAUCAUCAGCUUUGCAGGAACAUCAAACCAAUCAGACUCUGUUUACCAAUGUUAUAGCUCCACAAAACAAGGAAUUGCCCACACCUGAUUCUAUUAUUGAUAAAGUAAAAGAAAGGUUAAAUACACUUAAAGAUAUUCAUACAAGACAUUUGCAAGAUAAGGAAAGAGCUGAAGCGGAUUUGAAAGAUUGUAUUAAAGAAGCUAGUCAGUUGGAAAGUGAGGCUCCAGGAUUGGCGGAAAAAUUCCGCUUCUACCAAGAAAUGCGUGGGUAUGUCACUGACUUGGUAGAGUGUCUUGAUGAGAAGAUGCCGGGACUUUUGAAAUUAGAAGAAAAGGCUAAUGAUUUAUGGACUGAACGUUCUGAAUAUUUUGCUGAAAGAAGAAGGCAAGAUGUUAGGGAUCAAGCCGACGAAAUGUCUCCUUUUGCAAAAAAUCCAGCCGGAGGUUUACGUUGGAGUAAAGAAGAGGAAGAAGCCAAGUCCAGAAGAGCUGCCGAACGAGAGGGUAGAAGAACAAGACGAAGAAGAACCAGGGAACUGAAAUCUUUGUCUAGUUCUCACAUAGACGGAAUGUCAAGUGAUGAUGAAUUAACAGAAUCUGAAUUAACAGCUUUUAAACUUAAACUUGACGGAAUAAAUAGACUUGGCGAAGGAUUAUUAGCGGAUGUCGAAGAUGAUUUUGGAACAAUCGACGGAGUUGCCUGCCGAUUAGAACUAUGGAGAAAAUUCGACUUAAUAUCAUAUACGGAAGCAUAUGCCAGUUUGUGUUUACCAAAACUCUUAGGUCCUCUAGUUCGAUUUAAUACUUUAACAUGGAAUCCGAUUUUGGGUGACGUAAUUGAUUUGGAAUGUACAAGAUGGUGGGGAAGAUUAUUACUCUAUGGAAUGAGAGAAAAAGAAACGUGCGAAAGUCUUGCCAACGAUCCAGAUGUACUUCUUGUUCCUUUAAUUAUAGAAAGAGUUAUUAUUCCUAAACUAACUCAGCUUAUAAAAUGUUCCUGGGAUCCGAUGUCGUCUUCGCAAACUCUUCGCUUAGUCGGCCUAUUAGGAAAAUACGUAAAUGAAACGCCGACAUUGGGGCCCAAAAGUCGUCAUUUGGAAGCAUUAUUGCAAGGGAUUGUUGAUAAACUUAAAUCGGCCGUAGAUAACGAUGUUUUUAUUCCAAUUAAUUUAAAAAUGUACGACGGAAAUUCUUCAGUAUUUUUUCAAAGGCAGUUUGCCAGUGCGGUUAAACUAUUAAGAAAUAUUUUAAGUUUUCAAGGUUUUAUCGGAUCAGAACAUUUGCAAGAAAUUGCAUUAGAUUCACUUUUAAAUAGAUACCUAAUGGCGGCUUUAAGAACUUGUACUCCGUGCGAUGCCAUACAAAAAGCUAAUAUGAUAAUUAUGACGUUUCCAAGAUGGUGGUUUCAAAAAGAAGCCAAAAUUAAAAAGUUAGAAAUGUUUACGAAACAUUUAAAACUUUUAGCGACUCAAGUUCACGAGUAUGAUUCUACAGAGAAUGUAAACAGUUUAAUAAAUUAA